AUGGAAAACGUAGGUCGCAAACGAUUCGCCGACUUGGGCCUCAAAGGGCAUGUCUUCGUCGUCACGGGAGGUGCGAGUGGUAUCGGUCUGGCGAGUGCAGAGGGUCUUGUUGAGGCGGGUGGAAAAGAAUCGCCCGGCGCAGAAUGGGGCGAAGCCGAGAAACGCAUUGUCCACGAAUGGGGAAGCUCGCUCCACUACGAGCGGGUCGACGUAACCGACACAGGUCACUUGAACGAGACCAUCGAGAAGAUCGCAAAGCAGGAGCAACGACUCGACGGUCUCCUCGCCGCGGCUGGUAUCGUGCAAGUGACCCCCGCCGUGGAGUACACCCCCGAAGACGCCAUGAAAAUGAUGGCCGUGAACUACAACGGCGUCUUCAUGGCGGCGACUGCCGCAGCGCGCGAGAUGAUGCGAUAUAAAUGCCGAGGAAGCAUCUGUAUCAUCGCCUCGGUGUCAGGACUCAUCGCGAACAAGAAGAUGCUGUCGCCCGUAUACAACUCCAGCAAGGCGGCCUUGAUCCAACUGGCGCGGAAUCUGGCUAUGGAGUGGAGUGCCGUGCAGCCUGAUGGGACUGGUGGCAUUCGUGUCAAUUGUAUCAGUCCAGGCUAUAUUCGCACUCCGAUGGUGGAGAAGGUUAUCAAGGCGGACCCGGCUGCGAAGGAGGCUUGGGAGGCGGAGAACAUGAUGCAUAGAUUUGCUGAGACGAGCGAGUUCAAGACGGCGGGACUGUUUUUGUUGAGCAGAGCGUCUUCGUUCAUGACGGGGAAUAAUCUUGUGAUUGACGGGGGUCACACUGCCUGGUGA